AUGUCUGCCGUCGCAGCGCCGUCUGCAAUGGCGGCGCCCGUGGAAUCGGAGCGGGAUUUGAAGGGCAUGAAAAAGCAUCUGGACAAGAAUCAUUUUGGUGAUCAUUCCAAGUGUAAGCCAGUCUUCUGUGGAUUUCUUAGAAAACCUAAUGAGACAUACCGUCAUAGAAGUCUGCCGUACAAGUCAGCACUAAAGGACAGUCCCCUACGUCAUCGUCUGGAAAUACUGUUUGAACCCAUUAUUGCUCGAUCAAUUCAAUACUCCGAUCAAGGAUCUUCACAGCAAUGUGAGCACGCAGAUAAAGAGGUUACACUUAGGGCUCCUAAUUCACACCAUUAUGGUGCUUCAGACUCACUGGACUUUCGUGUGCAAGCCACCUCAGCUUUCAUCAAUGACGGCAGGAAUUACAUAGCUCAGGUGAUAACGUUCGUCAUGGACUCUCCGAGUCGCGCCCCUGCUCCGGCUAUGGCCCCAACCCAAGUCAAUAACGCAUACAGUACCUCGUUACGUCUGCCCCCACAGCUCGAUAUAACUUCAGGAAAUGUAUCAGAGAAUUUCAAACGCUGGAAGCGUGAAGUUGAGAUAUAUUUAGCUGCAUCGGGUGCAGGUGAACGUAACCAGCGAAUUCAAACAGCAAUCAUAUUGAAUUGCGCGGGAUCACAUGUUUUAGAGAUCUAUGACCAGAUCACGUGGGAAGAGGAAGGGGACAAGGACGACCCCAAUAAAGUAUUGCAAGCUCUUGAGAAAUAUUGCAAUCCCCGCGACAACGAGGUAUUAGAAUCACAUAGGUUUUGGAACCUACCCUAUCAAGAACCUUUUGAUAAAUUCCUGACUGAAAUGAAAACCAGAGUGUCUGCAUGUAACUUCCAGGAAAAAGAGAGAAUGAUGCGCGAUAAAAUAGUGUUCACAGUAACAGGAAAGUUACAGGAACUCUUGUUGAGGGAAGAUAAACUCACCCUUGAGAAAGCUGUCAAGGUUUGUAGGGCAUUUGAACAAUCAAAUAAGCAAGUAAGAGAACUUCGUGACACUAACCCCACAUCGAGAGUGAACAAAGUCGCUAGUAACUAUAACCAGAAACCAAACUCGAAGGGGAGGAAACCGUUCGUGAAACCUCAAAGUCAACAGAAACCCUCGAGACCGUCGCGUACCAAUACCAGUUCUAGUAAAGGACCUGAAUGUACUUUUUGUGGUUAUCAGCAUGCUCGACAAAAGGAGAAAUGCCCAGCAUGGGGUGCUACCUGUGAUUUUUGUAAAGGACGAAACCAUUUCAAAGCAAAAUGUAAGAAGGUACACGCAGUGUCACUCGCAAAUGAGGACACAAGUCUUGAUGAUGAAGAUGGAGCAUGGCUCAUGGCAGUUGAUUCCGGCAAACAACGAAUACAUGCGUCUUUGACUGUAAAUGACAAUUCUGUGAAAUUUCAGCUUGACAGUGCUGCUGAUGUUAAUACUAUUUGUCAAAAACAUGUGAGGAAGCCCCAAGUAACGCCGACAAAAGUGAAGUUAAAUAUGUGGAACAAGACUAACUUGGAACCUCUUGGGCAGUGUACCCUCAAGGUCACAAACCCCCGUACUAGCGUUGAAUCCAGUGUGACUUUCAUUGUUGUACCUAACGGACUCACCAACCUAUUAGGUCUGAAGACUAUUCAGGAACUUGGUUUUGUAACCAUUAAUGAUGACCGUUUCAUUUCACAAGUCAUGAAAACCCCACAUAAACUUGGUGAUUUAGGUGAAGCAACCCUACGUACUGAUGGGAGCAUUCCAGCCAAAGUCUUACCGUGCAGGAAGGUGCCCCUAGCUAUUCAGGCUUCGGUAAAAGAGGAGCUUGAUCGACUGCAGGAUACUGGAGUACUCGUUCCUGUGACCGAACCAACACAGUGGGUCAGCCAGAUGGCUGUUGUACACAAAACUAAUGGAAAGUUGAGACUGUGUAUAGAUCCCCAACCACUCAAUACCGCGUUAAUGCGUGAACAUUAUCGACUACCUGUACUAGAUGACAUAUUGCCAAAAUUGAAGGAUGCCAAAAUAUUCAGCAAACUUGACAUCAAAGAAGCUUAUUGGCAUGUGCGGUUGGACAAACAGUCAAGCUUGCUCACAACAAUGAUUACGCCAUUUGGUCGAUACCGGUGGACCAGACUGCCAUUUGGUCUGAAGGUCUCCAGUGAGAUAUUUCAGAGAAAAUUAGAUGAAGCCCUGAGUGACAUUGAUGGUGUUUUCAGUGUAGUGGAUGACAUCAUUGUACCAGGUUGUGGUCCUGACAUCGUCUCCGCCCAACGUGAUAAUCAGCAGAAGCUAGAAAACGUCCUGAAGCGAUGUGAAGAAAAACAUAUCACACUGAAUGAAGAGAAGCAAGAAACUGGUCUCAACGAAAUUGUAUUUCAUGGUCACCGUAUCUCGAAGGAUGGUGUCAAGGUCGAUGAUGCAAAGGUCAAGGCCAUUCAUGACAUGCCCUCACCCACUGACGUCUCAGGUGUAAAACGUUUGUGUGGCAUGGCACAAUACAUGUCCCGUUUCUUACCGGAUUUGGCAGAAACUUUGGAACCAAUCCGAGCUCUUACCCGAAAAGGAACGCCUUGGAACUGGUCUGUUGAUUGUGAGAAGGCGUUCAGAUUACUUAAGCAAAAGCUGACCACUACACCAUGUCUUGCAUAUUUUGACCCUGAUAAGGAGGUUGUCUUACAAGUCGACAGCAGCAAGGAUGGUAUCGGAGCCGUACUUCUACAGGAAGGGAGACCCGUAGAAUACGCGUCCAGAGCUCUUACGGUGUCAGAGAGAAAAUGGGCUCAAAUAGAAAAAGAAGCUUUGUCAGUGCUCUAUGGUCUUGAGCGUUUUGACCAAUAUACAUAUGGGAGAAACGUCACGGUGCAGAACGAUCACAAACCUUUGGCCGCCAUUCUGAAAAAACCUCUGAGUAUGGCGCCAAAGCGUCUACAGGACAUCAUGAUGAGAUUCCAUAGAUAUGAUGUGGAGUUUGAGUUUGUGAAAGGAGUCAACCUGUUGAUCGCCGACACUUUGAGUAGAGCUUACCUCGACUCGACGGAUGGAAACCGUGAUGAACGUGUUCGCAUUCUGACCGUGAAUGUGUUUGGUGACAUCCCAGAUGCUAGGAUUUCUGAAGUUAGAGAAGCCACAGCAAAUGAUUCAAUCCUGCAAGCAUUAAUGACUCUUGUCAUUGAAGGUUGGCCUACAAGAAGACAGGAUUUGCCCCCUGGUGCCGCCGCAUAUUUUGAUUUGCGUGAAAGCCUGUCAGUUGUUGAUGGAAUUAUAAUGAGGGGAGAAUCUAUAGUAAUUCCUCAAAGUCUCCGAGCAGACAUGAAAUCGCGUUUACACAGUGCACAUCUUGGCUACCAUAGUAUGCUCAGGAGAGCCCGGUCAACGAUAUUCUGGCCCGGUAUGUCAGCCGACAUCAAGCAACUUGCUGAUGCCUGUGAAAUUUGUCAGGAGAUGAAACCGCGAAAUGCGCCAGAACCGCUUACACAGCACACUGAAGGAGCAAAACCCUGGGACAAGAUCGGACUCGAUUUGUGUCAAGUACAAGGGAAAGACUACCUUAUAGCCGUAGAUUACUACUCGCAUUUCAUUGAGUGUGACUUGCUUACUACGACAACAAGUGCACGUGUCAUAUCAUUCGUAAAGAAACAUUGUGCUCGCUAUGGCGUCCCAAAGAUGAUUGUGUCAGAUGGAGGACCUCAGUUCUCAAGCAGUGAAUUUAAACAUUUUGUCAGUCAUUGGGGAAUUAAUCAUGUGAUGUCGUCUCCAAUGCAUCAACAAGCCAAUGGUAAAGCCGAGUCCGCCGUCAAGGUCAUGAAGAACCUGUUAUUGAAAACUCUUGUUGAAGGGAAGGACCCAUAUGAAGCAAUAUUGGAACAACGUAACACACCCAGACAAGAUACUGGUGUCAGUCCAGCGCAGGUAAUGUUUGGAAGGACAACUCGAACAUUCAUUCCCAGUCUAUGUCAGGAUACCUCAACCUCAGUGCCAAAUGCUGAAAUUAACAGGAAACGCGAAGCGCGUCGACAAUCUGUGAAAAGGACAUUUGACAGGAAGUCGCAUCCAUUACGCGCACUCAAAAAUGGACAAACCGUUUACUUCCAGCAUCUAGAGGGAGAGCGAUGGAAACUCGGGACAGUGAAAGAAAGGACUGCCUCGAAAUCUUACACUGUUUGUGGUCCAGAUGGUGGUGUAUAUCGUAGGAACCGCGUCCACAUGAGGCCGACAUCCAUACUACCGCGUCCUCGCGAAGUGUCUCCAAAUCGCGUACCAGAUACUGUCUCUCAAAACGUGUCGCAGAAAGACUCCGUGGAGCCUACUAAAUUCAUGUCGUCUCAUGAUCAAAUCUCUAGUAAAAGUGAAGCCAAGAAACCUACCACAAGUGGCACAGCUAUGACAGUGAUGGAACCGUUACCAACAGGAAGUACCCGACCUAAGCGUGAUUCCAAACCGCCAGUGUACUUAAAGGACUAUGUUACUUAA